GUUGAUGGCCUAAUAACAUUGUGUUCCAUAUGCAACUUUGCUCAGGAAGUUCAGCAUGAAGAGUACCGACUAGACUAGUAGGGAGCCCUCCAGUCCGCCUUCCCAAUUUGCAUCUUCCCUGAUUUGCUUCUUAAUUUCCAUUCCCCAAUGACGACGAGUCUUCGCCAUCUUUCCGAUCCCGAACAUGCCUUGAUCCUGCGAGAGUUGAGCGAAAACUGCAGAGUCCCGUGCCGUAUCUGCGAGUUGCAGGUCAAUGGCCCAGCUUACUGCUGCUGGGGCUGCGAAAUCUUCCUCCACAGGUGGUGUGCUGAGCUGCCUCUCGAGACACAGCAUCCCGCUCACCCACACCCUCUGGCUCUAUCCAGUCGUAAGAUAACUCUCUCAGCCUUAGGCCGUGAAAGAUCCGAAGAAGCUUUUGUCUACCGCUGCAGUGAGGGUGACUGCUAUUUCAACGUGGAUGUGACUUGGGCAUUUCUAAAUCUGUACCCCUCAGAGGAGAAAAAGGACACGAUUCAGCAUAUAGCUCAUAAACACCAUCCUCUCACCUAUUUCCGUUUGAAUAAGCCGAUUAAGGUCUGGUGCCGAGACUGUGAGCAGCAGAUCGCCGGCCCUUUUUACGGGUGCCCGAUCUGCAGUUUCUAUCUCCAUGAAUUCUGUGCCGAGCUACCCAGGGAGAUAUCACGGCACCCUUCCCAUCCCGGGCACCGUCUGACCCUCUCCCUUUCCCGCGCCACCCUCUGCAGAGCCUGUCAUUUUGUUACUAACCCAUUAGGGACCGCGAUCGUGUACAAGUGCCAGGAUUGCGAGGGUGACGGCGUCAUCGCCUACCAUAUCCAAUGUGACACCUCAUUUCAUCCUUCUAAAUAUGAGGAAAACGACUGCGGAACAAUUACACACUUUUCCCAUGAGCAUCCGCUGAAAUCCUUCUUUGCAAAUACAAGGAUUAUGCGCAUCCGGUUCUACUGCGAAGGCUGCGGAUUGAAUAUAUCGGGGGACUUCUACGGCUGCCCUGUUUGUGGGUUUUUCCUUCACAGAUCCUGCGCAGAGGAAUUACCCCGGGAGAUGUCACACUUUCGUCAUCCAAUCCCAGACCACCCCCUAGCCCUGCGAGAGCGAGGACAUGCUUGGACAUUGAAAUGUGAUUCCUGUUCGCUUAACUCCCGCUGCGCAUUCACUUGUGAAAAGUGUGACUUCGCCCUCGACUUGGUAUGUGCUCUUUCGACCUUUUCUGCCUUCAAAGAGGGGGUAGCCACUGAAAUACAACACUUUUCCCACGACCACUCCUUGACCCUUGUCUACCGUAGGAGUGGCCCACCGGGCGGCUGCAUCAUUUGCGGUGUGUCUGUCACGGGUCUAGCCUAUUCUUGCCAAACCUGCUACAAAAUUGGGAAAAGGUUUGUGCUACACAAGUCAUGUGCCGAGCUGCCACAGGAAUUAGAGCAUCCAUUUCACCCGCCGCAUCCUCUCACGCUUCAAUCAAAGAGACACUUUUACUGCGAUGCCUAUGGCACAAAGAGUGGAGGCUUCUGUUUCGGCUGCGACGAAUGCCAGUUCUUCUUGUGUUUGGCAGCUGCUUCCUUGAAACCAACUUUGAGGCAUCAGCCGCACGAACACGACCUAACUCAUUUCGAGAGGAUUAGUGAUCGGAAGUUCUGCAGUUACUGCGGCGAGAGCAGCUCCGUGGACUCAUAUCGCUGUGUCGAAUGUGAUUUUACUGUUCAUUACAGUUGUAUCCGUAUGCUACCUCUUGCCAUCAAGCACAACAUUCACUUCCAUCAAUUAGCCCUCCGUGAUAAAUUUAUCGACAGAUUCAACGAACAAUAUUGCGAUGUCUGUGAGAAAACAAGGAGAACGGACCGUGGCAUUUAUUACUGUGCAGAAUGCAACUUUUCUGCUCAUAUCGGGUGCAUCAUCCCCUCAGUGGCAAUAGAGGAGGCACCUGAGUUGGAGAAAGUGGAUGAAGAAAUUGCAAGUGUAAAGGCAGAGAUAGAGGAAACGGGGGCGAUGCAGAUGAAAAUAGAGGCGUUACGGAAGCGACUCGAGGAACUUACAGUAAAGAGAGAUGCUUUGGCUUCCUGAAAGUGCGAGGAAUGAAACGCGGGGACACUGGGGCUUAAAAGAACGGGUCUUCCAUGUUUGUAUGUCAAUUAGGCUGCAUUUCCAUUGCGUGCUCGCAGUCAAUUCUCCAGCUUUUUAUCUACUCGGGAUGUUUUCUCUGGCUAAUUUGUUGUGAAAUAAGGAAAACCGUUUUUUGACAGAGAGGUGGCUCCCUGCAGAUGGUUUGGUUCUAUAAAUUUAUGCUAGAACGAUGGUUGCUUAAUGCUUA